CUCGUCGCGCCGUUCCAGCUGUCCGUCCGUGCGUCCGUCCGGCUUUCCACGCGCGCCCCCCGCCACCCCGCGGAAUUUGUAAGUAUUUGACCACACUCAAAAUGUGCAAAGAAGAAUAAUGGAAGCCCCUGAAUACCUUGAUUUGGAUGAAAUAGACUUCAGUGAUGACAUAUCUUAUUCAGUCACGUCGCUCAAGACCAUCCCAGAACUGUGCCGAAGAUGUGAUUCGCAAAACGAAGACAGAUCAGUUUCUGGCUCUGGCUGGAAUUGUGGCGUCUCGACUCUCAUUACCAACACACAGAAGCCCACGGGGAUCGCCGACGUAUAUAGCAAGUUCCGCCCGGUGAAACGGGUUUCCCCACUGAAACACCAGCCGGAGACCCUGGACAGCAAUGAAAGCGAUGAUCAAAAGAACCAGAAGGGGGACCUCCAGAAAGGGGGUGACUCUGAUGCGGGCCCCCAGCCUGAGGAGCUGGGCCCCGAAGAGGGAGUCGGGGGCGUGCCUGGGAAAGGCUCGGAGCCCAGCCCGGCGCUGGGCGAGCUGGAGCACUAUGACCUCGACAUGGAUGAGAUCCUGGAUGUGCCUUACAUCAAGUCCAACCAACAGCUUGCCUCUUUCAGCAAGGUGGCUUCGGAAAAAAGGAUUUUGGGUUUAUGCACGACCGUCAACGGCCUCGCCACCAGCAAAGCCUGCUGUGCAGAAGGUGCCGAGAACCCACCAUCCACCACCACGCCCUUCUGUGUCCUGUCUCCCGUGAAAAGCCCUCACCUGAGAAAAGCAUCCACCGCCCUGUGCGAUCAGCACAAGCUGGGCCCGGACGACUCCGAGGGCGCGCCCGCUCCGGUUCCUUGUGUCUCUGCCUAUGAGCCUGAGAGCCAGAGCAGAGACUUCCCGAACAAGGCCUUCGCAGAACCACAUGGCGGAAAGGCCGAGAAGGCGCUGCCCGACUGCCAGCUCCGGGCCUUCCGCCUGCCAUGCUCGGCCGCAGAAGCCAAGCUGGAGGAGCAGGUCAACGGCGUGAGCUGGCCCACCUGCCCGGGCCCCGAGGAGAAGACCGAGCACCAGAAGAAAGUCAAGAGCAUCCUGAACAUCGUCAGAGAAGGGCAGAUCUCGCUCCUGCCACACCUCGCCGCAGACAACCUGGACAAGAUUCACGACGAGAACGGGAACAACCUGCUACACAUCGCCGCCUCGCAGGGGCACGCCGAGUGCCUGCAGCACCUCACCUCCCUCAUGGGGGAAGACGGCCUCAAUGAGCGCAACGCGGGCAAGCUGACCCCCGCGGGCCUGGCCAUCAAGAACGGCCAGCUGGAGUGUGUGCGCUGGAUGGUGAGUGAGACGGAAGCCAUCGCAGAGCUGAGUUGUUCCAGGGACUUCCCCAGCCUCAUUCAUUACGCGGGCUGCUAUGGCCAGGAAAAGAUUCUGCUGUGGCUCCUCCAGUUUAUGCAGGAGCAGGGCAUCUCACUGGACGAAGUGGACCAGGACGGCAACAGUGCUGUUCACGUGGCCUCGCAGCACGGCUUCCUGGGCUGUAUACAGACCCUGGUGGAAUAUGGAGCAAACGUCACCAUGCAGAACCACGCAGGGGAGAAGCCAUCCCAGAGUGCUGAGCGGCAUGGCCACACCCUGUGCUCCCGGUACCUGGUGGUGGUCGAGACCUGCAUGUCACUGGCCUCACAAGUGGUGAAGCUGACCAAGCAGCUCAAGGAACAGACGGUGGAGCGCGUCACCCUCCAGACCCAGCUCCAGCAGCUUCUGGAAGCCCAGAAGACAGAGGGCAAGUCACUCCCCUCCUCACCCAGCUCGCCAUCCUCACCGGCUUCCAGAACGGCACAGUGGAAGGCUCCAGACACAGAUGAGGAGUCUGCGGCCAGGACCAAGCCGGGGAUCCAAGAAGGGAUUCAGGUGCUCGGCAGCCUGUCCGCGGCCAGCCGUGCCAGGGCCAAAGCCAAAGACGAAGAUUCCGAUAAAAUCCUACGUCAGUUACUGGGGAAAGAAAUCUCAGAAAAUGUCUGCACCCAAGAAAAGCUGUCCUUGGAAUUCCAGGAUGCUCAGGCUUCCUCUAGAAAUCCAAAGAAGACCCCAGCGGAGAAGAGGGAGCUGAAGUUAGCCAGGCUAAGACAGCUGAUGCAGAGGUCUCUGAGCGAGUCCGACACAGACCCCACCAACCCUGAGGACCCCAAAAGCACCCCGGUGAGGAAGCCCGACAGGCCCAGGCCACAGCCCAUCGUGGAGAGCGUGGAGGGCACGGAGGGCACCGAGAGCUUGCACCUGAUGAUAAAGAAACACAGCUUGGCCUCGGGACGCAGGUUUCCUUUUGGUAUCAAGGCCUCCAGAUCUCUGGAUGGCCACAGCCCUUCUCCCACCUCAGAGAGCUGCGAAGCGGACCUGGAAUCCCAGUACCCAGGCCCCGGGAGCGCUCCUCCAAGCCAGGCCCCUGGAGACCCCACUCAGCCCAGCCCCGACAGCCCUGCAGCCCAGAAAGUGGCCACCAGUCCCAAGAGCGCCCUCAAGUCUCCAUCUUCCAAGCGCCGGACGUCUCAGAACUUGAAACUCAGAGUGACUUUUGAGGAGCCCGUGGUGCAGAUGGAGCAAACGAGCCUUGACCCGAGUGGGGAGAGAGACAAAGACAGGGGCAGGACCCUCCCUCGGACCUCCCCAGGGAGCGAGUCCGGGGAUCAGCUGAAAAGGCCUUUUGGGACCUUCCGGUCCAUCAUGGAGACACUAAGUGGCAACCAGAACAACAGUAAUAACUACCAGGUGGCCAGCCAGCUGAAGACCUCAACCUUGCCCUUAACCUCGCUCGGAAGGAAGACGACAGAUGCCAAGGGAAGCCCUGUGAGCUCUGCCGGCAAAGGAAAGAACAAGGCCGGGAUGUUCGGCAGCUGCGUCAGUCUGUCCUCUAACACGCUGACCGAAGAGCGCCUGCGUGGCUGUGCACGGCCUAAUGACAUCAGUAGAAAAAUGAAGAAAUCCUACAGCAUAAAGCACAGUGCUGAGCCAGAGUCAGAGGAACUCUUCUUGUAAAUCCCUUUUUCCAAACCUCUCACCGAUGCCCGUGGGACACCAUUGGAAAUUACCGGACCUAGAACCACAAAACACCACCUCACCAGCAGAAGAACGCAGUAUCAGGAUGCCUUAAAUUUAUAGUAUUAGACUGUAGAAGAUACAUUUUGGGUGAUAAAUGUAUAUAAACUUGUUUUUAAAGAGAUGCUGUUUAAAAGCACGAUUGGGCAACUGUUUUUUAACAUUGGAUGGAGCCAGCCAACACGCAGGACACUGACCAAGCCAUACCAUUUUGUGUUUGAGUUGCAUGCUGACGUGUGGCUGAACUUCCCUCUCCCCCUAACGCUCAGUUCCUGAGUGAGGCCAGGUCAGUGGUAC